AUGUCUGGAAUGAGUGCUGCUGAACGUUUGCGUAAUGAUAAUGUUCGGCUAUGUCGAUUGUGUUUUUGGUCCAAUUUCGAAGGACUUGGUUUUAAUCUUGAAAAAUCUGCUCAACCACCGCAUAUAAUUCGACUUGUCGAACCUAAUAGUCCAGCUGCAGCUGGUGGUUUGAAAAUUCUUGAUGUUGUAUUAACUGUUAAUCAAGAAGAUGUAUCCCAAGCCGAUUAUAGUCGAGUACGAGAUGCUAUAAAAAUAGCUUGUGAUAGCAAGAAUCCGAUUGAACUACUCGUUGCUAAACAACGUUUUUAUCAACAAUUAAAGACAAAAAUUAUUUUAAUUAAUCCUGAAAGGGUAACUAUUAUAAAUACACCAGAAAAAAUGCCAAGUGAUUAUUUAAAUUUUCCUAAACAUAUACCACGUACAUGUUAUAUAUGCUUAAAUGACAAGGAAACAUUAUUUGGUUUUGAAACUAUUCAUGGUGAAAAGGAUAUUGGUCUAUGUAUUCAAAAAGUAUUUCCAAAUACUCCAGCUAGUAAUACAUCAUUACGUAAAUGUGAUCGUAUUAUUGAAAUCAAUGAUAAAUAUGUUGAUAAUGAUUUAAGUAGUUCUAUAUUAGAAAAAUUAAAAAAAGCAAAAAUGCAAGGUGUUGUAAAAUUAUAUGUUGUUGAUACAGAAACAUAUAAAUAUGCUCAAGUAAAUAAAAUAUCAUUAAAAUCAAAACGACAACAUCAAAACGAAUUAACAGUUUCGUCUAUCAAUCAUGGUAAUCAAUCAUUACGACCGAAUACACCAAUAAUUAUGGAUUUAUGUGAUAGUCAUCGUGCUGAUUCUAUCAAACUUAAUUAUGAUAAUCAAGAAAAAUUUCAUUCAUCAACUAUUGCAUCUGAUCGAGAAAAUGGAGAAUUAGAUGACAUUUGUUGUGUUCAAAUUGUCUUUACACUUUUUUUCGCUGCAGCGCAGAAAACAUCUAUUGCGAAUGGUGAUUCAAAUGCAUGGGAUUUAACGACUCUAACUGCUCUUCUGCUAAGUACUGAUCGUCCGAAAACCCUGAACAAAACUGAAAUACAACAACUCAAUAAUGAAGAUAAACUUUUAAAGCAAUUAAGAGAUAUUCGAAAUAAUUUAGCUCAUCACCCAUCAAAAUCUAUCGACAAUACUGAAUUUGAUCAGCUCUGGAUCGAAUUAGUGGCAAUUCUAGGUGUACUUGGUGAUAUGGAUAGUGAAUUAAAUAAAUUAAAACAUGACAGUGUUUUUGAACUGUCUGUUCAAUCGAUAAAUGAAGAGAACAUGAAAGAAGCAAAACGAUUAAAUUCACUGGGUACACAAGCCCAUAAAGCUGGAAAUUUUUUCGAUGCUAUCAGGUUAUUUACGAAAGCAACUGACUUAUCAAAUGUUUCAGAUCAUGAUCGUGCUGUUUUCUAUUCGAAUAUGUCUUCUAGUCGUUUAGCAUUGUAUGAACCACGAUCGAAUCUUUCGAACAACUUUGACACUUUCGAGUCAACAGAUCAACGAUAUCGUGCACUACAAGAUGCUAAAGAAGCUCGAAACCUUUGGCCAACAUGGUGGAAAGGACAUUUUCGUGUCGCAUUAGAUGAAAGUCGACAAAUAUAUGAACGACAAUCACGAUAUGAGCAUCUUGACCCACGACUGCAACCAGGAACAAUAGAUGAACACUUAAAUGAAAUGAAACAGAAGUUGGGCACAGAUCCUGAUAAAGUACAAUUGGGUCAUAGUUUACUUGAGGGAAUAGAUCCAGCUUCAGCUAAUGUGGUGAAAGGGCAUAAAUUCGAACAUGGAGAUAUUGAUGUUAAACAAAAUUAUGAACAAGCUGCCAAGUACUUUGCUAAAGCAGCGAGUCAGGGCAAUGCCGAGGGAAUGUAUAACAUAGGUCAGUUGACUGAUCUCAGUUUAGGCGUUAAAAAGGAUCAUCGAAUGGCUCGUAUGUGGUUUGAAAAAGCAGCUGCACAAUUACCCCAAAAUUCGCUAUUUCCAGAUCGUCCAAAUCUUGGUGUAGCUGAAGCUGAACAUGCUCUAGGACUGAGAUAUGCUGCAGGCGUGUCCGUUGACAAAAAUCUGGAAACUGCUGCUUACUGGUACCAGCGUGCUGUUGAUCAUGGUAGUGCACCAGCAGCCAAUAACUUAGCUCUAAUGUAUCUACAUGGCACUGGUGUCGAUCAAGAUCUUGAAAAGGCCGAACAACUAUUACAGUUAUCAGCUAGAAAUGGUGAUCAAAACGCCAUGUUGACUUUAUCUGGGCUUUUAUUGAGCAAAAAUGAUCCUCAAAUGGCAAAAAUUUGGCAUGAUAGAGCAUCUGUUGCAUUGCGUUUAUUAGAUAAAGAUAUGAAUGAAGCAAUCGAAGCGUAUCGCGCAUUUCUUACGAUUGCUCCUAAAGACCAUCGCAAAGUACCUGAAUCAUAUUAUGCAAUGGCCAACUGUUAUUUUGAACUUCACCAACGCGAUAUUUCGACAGAUAUUGUAAAAAAAGUAUAUGAACAAGGGGAAGAGGCAGAGAAAGUACAAUUACCAUGUUUUCUACCUUAUGACUCAAACAACAAAACAGAACUCAAAUUCAUGUUUGAUAGGAAAUCUCCCCCAAAUGUAAAUGUAGUAGCUCCACUUCUUGAUCGCAAAUCGCGUCUUCUUGACCCACAUCGAAUUAGAGUUAUUAAACAACAUCGUCAAUGGCAAGCUGCAUUAUUAGAAGCGAGAAAUGAUUCGAUGUACACGUUUAUGUCUGGCAGUCAUGAACCUCGAGCUCAACAACAAGCAGUCAAAUCAUUAAUUGGUUUAAAACCAAUUUCAUUGAGGGAAAUCGAUCCAACAAAAGAUCAUGUUUAUAAUGGAUAUGUUCUUUCUGUAACAAUUAUCGAAGAUGCAUACUCAUGGACUCCAUCCAUUCAUCUUGUGAUUGAAGAUGAACAUCUAGAUUGUGAACGAAUGUUUAUUUAUGGUUUUCCUGAAGGACAUGGCAAAUACUUAACCAGUAAAGUUUUCACACUUGGUAGUAAAAUGAGCAUUAUGAAUCCAUACUUACGAUUAGGUGGAAGUGAUAUGAAAUCCUCAGUUCGUAUUGAUGACUUUUCAUCAAUAAUUAUGCAAAAUGAGUCUGAACGAGUAUUGAAUAUGUGUCGAUGCUGUGGAACAUCAAAUGCAUUACAUGUUUGUGGUAAAUGCAAGCAAGCACAUUAUUGUACAAAAGAAUGUCAAAUAACGGAUUGGAAAUUAUAUGGCCAUAAACUCAUAUGUAAAAAACAAUAA